CGCCGUGCGUUUCCAAGGUGGGGGGGGAGUGAUUUGCUUUUAUUUCUAGCGGGGAGCAGCAUGUACCCGGGGACCAUGUCUGGCAGAAGCUGAGUGGAAGGGAGCACAGCGACUCGGGCCGUUCAUGUUAUUCGUUAGAGAGCAGCGCGGCUUCGGGGACGCGGAUUUGGGUGCGGGUAACGGCCCGUGUCUGCCAGCUGCCGGCUUUGACAUCCUUAGUAACGAAAGGCACCCAAAACUGGAGACUAUAUUCUGCAACAAUUUGCAUUUACAUAGCACCCUUGGGGCAGUAAAAUGUCCCAAGGCCUUUCAUGAGCAAGAAGGAGCUGGUCCUCAAUGCUGACGGUUGUGAGGAACUGUGUUGGGCUCUCAUCACUAGAAAGCAGGAUCCAAUUGGAACUAAUGUGCAGCCACGUCAUCUGAAACAUUUAGGGCACUGGUUCUUGAUGCACUGAUAAAAGGUUUACAGAGUGACAGGAAAUGUCGAACAACAGCACAGCCAGUAUUUCUCAGGCCAGAAAAGCUGUAGAACAGCUGAAGAUGGAAGCCUGCAUGGAAAGAAUGAAGGUCAGCACAGUGUUUCCUGACUCUGAAAAAUGGGGAAUAAACGUGUGGAUUGUUAACAAGGUGUCAAAGGCAUCAGCCGACCUGAUGGCUUACUGCGAUGCUCACCUUAGGGAUGAUCCGCUCAUCGCCCCUCUGCCUGCUUCUGAAAACCCAUUCAGGGAGAAGAAGUUAUUCUGCAUCAUCCUCUGACAACGCGUGGAGA